GGUCACGAAUAGUGUCAGGAACACAGAAGUUCUCAACAUGGAUCAAGUAAAAUAAAAAUAUUAAAACUUUGAUUCGUCGUAUCAUUUAGGAAUCCAACAAAAUUUUGGCGACGAGGAUGGGAUUCCUCCAAUACUUUUUCUAAAGUGACAAUUUUCAAUUGUUGAAAUUUGGACAAGGAUGUACAACAUAAAAUUGGGACUGAUUCAACACUAGUGAAAAACGAGUGCAUUCAACGGAAUUAGCAACACCGUCCUGGACACGAGUGAAUUUAGUCAACCAAUUUACAUCAGCAGAAAUCUAAAUUUUGAGGAUUGGUUGUAAAUCUGGAAGUAGCGACUCUAGCACCAACCACGGAAUUAUUCUGCUGUAAUUCAACUAACCGUUGACACAUCAUCUCGAAAACGCCGUGGACUUAUAAACGGAGUUUCGAAUGUUUUAAAUUGGCUAUUCGGUGUGCCAGACGCCGAUGACGCACAAUAUUAUUCCGAUAAUAUAGAAAUGUUAGUAAACGAUGAUAAACAAAUACAGACUCUCUUAAAAUCUCAAAUUCAAGUGAUAACUAAUACGAUAAAAACUUUCAAUAGUUCAAUUAGUUCCUUGCAAAACCAGGAAUGGGCAAUGAACCACAAUAUGAAAAAAAUUAAUGAGUUCUCAGUACAAACAAAUACCCAGCUUUCAACCCUUAGCACAAAAGCAGCAUUACGGCGGUAUUCAUAGUCGUCCCUCAAGGGAUAGGGGGCCCUCAUUGGCUCACUUAUUUCGCGGACGCGUUUCAUAGUCGAAACUGAGGGCUCAUAAUGCCCUCAAUUGGCCUCUUCCCAUGAGGUUGGUCGUGAGGUCCCUCAAGGGUCCUUUUUGAACUGCAGCGCCUUCAGCGGUCGAAGGCGAAUUCAAUUACCGUUAGGCGUCCCUAAUAGAGUACGGAAUACCGAUUUUAUCGAGAAGCUAUUCGAGGUUAUACGAAGAAGCUUUGCCAGAACUGUUUGUGACAAAUGGAGGAAUUUGACGUUUUCUACGAAAGUGAUACUAGCAACGAGGACGACGAUGAGCAACCCAAUUAUCUGAGAAAACGCUAUAUCCGUGAUUAUGCAAAUCGUUUGGAGCACUAUGAAGACCAUGAAUUUUCAAGAAGAUAUCGAUUUAGUAAAGCCGUUGUAAUUGAUGUAUUGUUGCCUUUAACGCGUACGAAGCUGGAAAAGCAUUGUAAUCGAGGACUACCUAUACCUCCACUUAUACAAUUGCUAACAGCCCUAAGAUUUUAUGCAUCAAACAGUUUUCAGAUGGUUCAUGGAAACCUGCGUUGGUUGAGUCAAGCCUCAGUAAGCCGCAUCGUGAAAAACGUCUCCAUAGCAUUUGCUGAACAGUUGAAGCAAUUUAUUUGUUUCCCACGAAGUGACACAGGAAUCCGUCGAAAUACAGCAAAAUUUUACACGAUUGCUUAUUUUCCUUCUCUUGUUGGAUGUUUGGAUUGUACAUACAUUCCAAUUUCAAAUCCAGGCGGAGAAAAUGCCGAAGUUUUUCGAUGCAGAAAAGGCUAUUUUUCUUUAAAUGUACAGGUUGUCUGUGGCCCAAACAUGGAAAUUAUGGAUAUUGUUGUGAGGCAUCCAGGUUCAACACACGAUAGCGUAACUUUUGAUAGAAGUGCUGUUCGAGCACGUUUUGAAGCAGGCGAAUUUCGCAGCGUUUUGCUUGGAGAUAACGGAUAUCCCUGUC